AUGAAAAUCAUUAUUUGCAAUAUGAUGGAACAGCAUUUUGAAUUCUAGGUUAAUCCAAACGAUACAAUCUUAUAACUAAAAAAAAUGUUUUGUGAAAAAGAAGGCUCUCUUUUGGAAAAUUGUAGGCUUACAUUUGGUUAAAAUCAAUUGAAUGAUAAUCAAACAAUCUAAUAAUCAAAUCUUAAAAACGGUGAUAUUGUUUAUUAUAGUAUGAACCUAGGAUUCUGA